GUAAAGUGGAUAGCGUCUAUUGUUGUGUAGAAUUAGUUGCGGAAAAAAGGCUUCGUCAACUAUAAAAAGAGAAUAUUACUAGGAUAAUGUGUUUCUAAGACUGGGAAGAACUUUCAGUCUGGGGAUUUUGCCUAUGUAACUGAAUGAUUACAUCAUCAAAGCCACAAUGAAUUUGAAGAGUUGAAAAAAUGCAUGCUUAAUACAUUGUUUCAUUCGUGUCCCGCCCCCCUCACUUAUGAGUGGUAUUGUCAAACUCUGUCACCAAUCAGUUAAUCUUAAUUUUCAACACAAGGCCUUGGGUUUUUCACAAAAGUUUUGUAUGGUUCUGCUGAUGUAGAAACUGUCUUCAAGGGAAGCUAGUUGAUAUUUUACAGUGUAUAAAUUUAGCAUGGCAUGUGGAUCCUCUGUAGUUAUAUUUGACAUCCUCAAUUUCAUCAAGAAAAUGAGUCAUCAAUGGAGUUCAGCCUCUGAACCCAAGGCAAGAUCCAAAUUUGGAAACAUGUGCUGACAACAUUCAUGCCAAGGUGACUCUUCUUCCAUCAAGCAAGUGUUUUAAAUGGAGCCCAUGGACGGCCUGCUGUUGAGAGAGAGAUGUAGCAGGUGAAGGGAAUUUAGACUCAUUAGAUCUAUCUCCAAGCUUCUCAGCUGUCCCAGCUGAUUGCAAACAAGACCCUCCCCCGGGGGGGGGGGGGAAGGUUGGGGAAACUUAUCAUGUAUUGAGUGCUCAAAAUGGUGCAUUUUCAUGCUUCCAUCAGUGGAGAGAAUUCUUGGCUCAAGACACAUUGUCUACUAUCUUUUCUAUGUUUAUGGGGUGACAUGGAAGCUGGACAACCAUGGAUCAAAGAUAUAGCCACAACUUGGUGAACUUGAGGCUGUCAAUCUCUCUCCUGCAGAUGAUCUGGAUGCUUCGUGACAAAAUAUUUUUUGGCAGCAAUGUUUUUAUAUAAAAGCAUGAUUUUCAAUUGAAAAUGGCUUGUCUUGAAGGGAGUUCCUUGUUUAACAGUUAACACAUGAAAAAGGUCAAGAGAAGAGCAUGUUGUCCAGAGACACUGAUAGCGCUGAUGGUGAAGGUAAAAAGUUGCACAAACUGGGGAAGUGCCGCUCCAGAUUUAGUAAGACAGAUUCUUCUGUUGAUUGUGGAGCUGAUGGAGAUGGUGAUCAGCAUGUUCAAGGGGUUACUUCCUCUCGAGAGGAAAAAGUUAGCAGUCUGAAGACUGGCUUGGUUCAUGUUGCAAGGAAGAUGCCCAAAAAUGCACAUGCUCAUUUCAUACUCGGCCAAAUGUACCAAAGGUUGGGCCAACCUCAAAAGGCUCUACUGGCAUAUGAGAAGGCUGAAGAGAUUUUACUUCGGUCUGAGGCUGAGAUUAGUCGGCCAGAGUUGCUUUCUUUAGUUCAAAUUCACCAUGCGCAGUGCCUGAUACUAGAAAGUGCCACGGAAAAUAGUUCAGAUAAAGAACUUGAACCUCAAGAACUUGAGGAAAUUCUCUCCAAACUAAAGGAGUCUGUGCAAUCAGAUAUCAGGCGGGCAGCUGUGUGGAAUGCCCUAGGAUUUGUACUUCUUAAAACUGGUCGUUUGCAGAGUGCGAUCACGGUACUGUCAUCAUUGUUGGCUAUGGCACCAGACAACUAUGAUUGCCUGGGAAAUCUUGGGAUUUCUUAUCUUCAAAGUGGGAAUUUGGAAUUAUCUGCAAAAUGUUUCCAAGAGUUGAUUCUAAAAGAUCAAAAUCAUCCUGCAGCUUUGAUCAACUAUGCCGCCCUUCUUUUAUGUAAAUAUGCUUCAGUUGUAGCAGGUGCCGGUGCAAGUGCUCCAGAAGGUGCUUCUCUAGACCAGGUUGCAGCUGUUAAUGUUGCAAAGGAAUGUUUACUAGCUGCAGUUAAAGCAGAUCCCAAAUCAGGACAUAUCUGGACAAAUCUUGCCAAUGCAUUUGCUCUCUGUGGUGAUCAUAGAAGUUCCAGCAAGUGCUUGGAGAAGGCAGCAAGACUGGAGCCCAAUUGCAUGUCUACUCGAUAUGCUGUUGCCAUCCAUAGAAUAAAGGAUGCUGAAAGAUCUCUAGAUCGGGAACAGCUUUCAUGGGCUGGAAAUGAGAUGGCGUCUAUUAUCAGAGAUGGCGAUUCAUCCUUGGUUGAGCUUCCCAUAGCAUGGGCUGGGCUUGCCAUGGUUCACAAGGCCCACCAUGAAAUAGCAGCCGCUUUUGAAACUGAACAGCAUGACCUGAUGGAAGUUGAAGAGCGUGCUGUUUGCAUUUUAAAACAGGCUAUAGCAGAAGAUCCAGAUGAUGCUGUGCAAUGGCACCAACUUGGCCUUCAUGGUCUCUGUACUCGGCAGUUCAAAACAUCUCAAAGGUACCUCAAAGCUGCUGUUACCCGUGACAAGAAUAGUAGCUAUGCAUGGUCAAAUCUAGGUAUUUCACUUCAACUGUCAGAAGAGCCUUCAAAAGCUGAAGAAGUAUAUAAACAGGCCUUAUCACUGGCCACAACACAACAAGCGCAUGCUAUAAUAUCCAACCUGGGGAAUCUUUAUCGCCAGCAGAAACAAUAUCAACGUGCCAAGGCAAUGUUUACAAAGUCACUUGAACUACAACCUGGCUACGCUCCAGCAUACAACAAUCUGGGUCUUGUUUUUGUUGCCGAGGGUCUGUGGGAAGAGGCCAAGUACUGUUUUGACAAAGCCCUCCAAUCAGAUCCAUUACUAGAUGCAGCAAAGUCGAAUGGGAUUAAGGCGGCUACCAUGUCAAAGUUGUGCAGAGGCCUCUCCUCAUGCAUUCUUGAAGAAUAAUUUUGCAUCUUAUUAAUGAUAGGUAGCUUUCAGUCCAAAAGGAAAAAAAUAUCGUAGGUAGUUUUUUCUGAAUUCUUGAAAUUCUUAUUUGCUGUAUAGAUGUCUAUUCUUACAUUUUUAAAUAUAGAAAAAUUAUUUACAAACAAACUUUAUUCGAAUAGGACUCGUGGCAUUGGCCCAACCCAAAGCAACUCAACAUUUCGAUGGGUCUGGUCAACUUGAGUCAAUUCAGGUUGACACUACCGUUUUUAGUGAAAACUGCUGCUUGCCUGCUAAUAAUUUCUCUGACUGUAGUGUUGGGACUC